AUGGAAAGUAUUGAUGAUAAGUAUGUUCUUUCCAACAAUACACUUUCCGGAAACACAAGGCAUUUGAAUCAGUUGAAACGAAAUGCACGAGAAUGGAUCGCAAAUAAGCAAUCACGAUAUGAGCGUACAUCUGAAGAUGUAACAUCCGAUACAGUGGGAUUUGAUGAAACAACGCUUAACAGUCUUAAGACAAUAUCAAAAGAGAAUUGCAAUGUUACUGGGUUGAAUAUUAUAAAAUUGAAUCCUGCAGUGGCAGCAACAACAACAGCAAAAACACACUCAGUAGCACAGUUAUGCACAUCAAGAACUGCCAAAAGCGGAAAAAUGACUGAAGAUGAGAAGAUUGAAACUACGGAACGAAGUUUAACAUCAGUUGCGGCAACCGCGAAGACGUUUGAAAGUCAACAACCAAGCGAUUGUACAGGAAAUCCAACAAGUAGUAUCGAAGGACUUGUUUCAUUCCCUGAUUCACAAGUGAUAAUUCGAAAUGGUCAUGUUGGACCAGUAAUACUUGCAUUUACUAAUAAUUACAAGAAGUCAAUAAUAUGGGCAUUAAAAACGAAUGCUAUGAGACGUCUUGCUGCAUUUCCAACUACAGGAAUAAUUCCGCCAUCAGAAACAGUACAAAUAAAAAUUGAUUUAAUUGGUGAAAUGCCAAAAAGAAAUUCGAAAGAUCGAUUAUCAUUGGAAUAUUUUGUUAGCGAUCAAAAAAUUGCAAAUGAUGGCAACCGUUAUAAUUUCUUUCAUUACAAUGAAUUGACUCGAAUGAAAAAAUGUUUAGAAGUCAUUUACAUUCAAUAG